AUGUUGAAGAGGUGUGUGCUCGAACAUAAAUUCAUUCUGCUGGCUUUUUCUCGAUUGAACAGAAAACAACAAAAUAGGUUCUUAUGGAAAUUUACUCAUGUUUAUAUGCCUGAAAGAACUCCGGAUGGACUUUUACAACGUCCACCAACCGAUCAUCAGGAUUUUACAAAAUAUGAGGCAAUUGAAGACCCACAGUAUCAAGAACCAGCUCCUCCAUUAAAAAUGAUUUUGUUAGAGGACGUUGAUGAUGUUGGUGAUAAGUUCGAAAUUCUUGAAUUGUCUGACAAUUUGGCUCACAAACUCUAUUUAACCAAAAAAGCAGCUUAUGCUUCUCCGUUUGACUUGGAAUAUUUUGGGAAAAAGAAAGAGGAAUUUUUGGCACAGAAAGAUACUAGAAUAAUUGUGCCAAUUUAUGUUUCAGUUCGUAAUGAAUGGGUGUUAAAUCCUCUGAUUUUGGCUACUUCUAUGGAACAACAUGGAAUUCGAAUUCCAGUCAAAUGUUUACAUUUAGCUGGAGGAGAACCAAUGAAAGGACCGGAUUUAAAAGAAGAUGGACGUUUAAUUCGUUUUUACGCAACUAUUGAAGAUAAAUUAAUUGUUCCACUACUUGGCCGAAUAUUGCACGUUUCUCACGACGAAGAUACAAAUUUAUUCCCGGAAGAUCAACAACUAAAAACUGCAAAUAAUGCCCAAUUACUUCAAUUUGGUUUACGACCCGAAACAAUUUAUUUUAAUCCAAAUGGACUUCAACAAAUUUGUGAGAAGGAAGAAAUUGGCACUUUUAUGGCUAAAAGGCCUAGCAAUGCUAUAACUGGUGCUGAAUAA